AUGUCAUAUAACGAACGGCCCCGAGCCGAUGCCAGCAGUUCCCGUGACCACAUUGACACCCAAGAAACCCAACCCCUCCUAGACAACGCUCGAGAAUCGGAAGACAUCGACGAGCCCGCAAAUUCAAGGACAACCAGCGCUAUGGGCUUUAAGGCCCUCAUCGGCCGCACCGCGUUCUUUCGCCACCAUGAGGAGCGAAGUCCUCUCGAACGGGAUCUUGUCCGGCGGCUUGACAUCUUCCUGAUGACUUUUGGCUGUAUCUCUCAGGUUAUCAAGUAUCUUGACCAGACAAAUAUCAGCUCCGCCUACGUCUCGGGCAUGAAGGAAGACCUUGGUCUUUAUGGAAAUGAGCUCAACUAUUUCACCACCUGGUUUAGCGUCUCCUAUUGUAUCAUGCUGAUCCCUUCGCAAGUCAUCAUGACCUGGGUUCGGCCGAGUUGGUGGCUGCCGGGCUUGGAGAUCGGAUGGGGCAUCAUCACAGGAUUGAUAGCGCUAUGCCAUAAUGCAAAUCAGGUAUAUGUGUUGCGCGUUUUCCUGGGGCUGUUUGAGAGCAGCGCCUGGCCUGGCAUGAUGACCCUGUUUAUGUAUUGGUACACGCCUACUGAGCUGGCCAAGCGUAUGGGCUUCUACCACUCCUGCCAGUCUAUUGGCUCUAUGAUGAGUGGUGCCCUGCAGACGGCUGUUCUCAACACGCUUGACGGACACCAUGGAAUCGCGGGCUGGCGAUGGCUAUUCAUAAUCAAUGCCAUUAUGACCGUCGCUGUUGGCCUUGCUGGGUUCUUCAUGCUGCCUGACUAUCCUUCUCGCCCAAACCCCCGUGCUUUCUGGUUCACGGCAGAACACAGCCAAAUGGCCCAGGAGCGUCUCGAGCGGCACGGCCGGGCCGGAGUCAAGAAAAUCACUUGGGCCGCAGCCAAACGAACAGCGUCCAUGUGGAUCGCCUACUUCAUUCCGGUGCUCUAUAUUGGAACUGUUUUGGCGCAGUAUGGGAUCAAUUACUUCAACCUGUUCUUGAAGUCACUGCGGAAUCCAGACGGCUCUCGCACGUGGUCGACCUCGCAAGUGAACUCGAUACCUAUUGCCGGAGGCGCCAUAAAUGUGGCGUUCGUAUGGAUCUGGGCAAUCACAUCCGAUAUUUUUCAAACCAGAUGGACGCUGCUAGUUGCGCAGGCGGUUAUUGGCCUCGUCGUUUCGAUCACGAUGAGUAUCUGGACGCAACAUCCAAACACUACCCCGCUAUCGGCCGCGUAUGCGAGCUAUUUUAUCCUCUACAUGUGCCAGGGAACGGCGCCGCUGAUUUUCUCAUGGUUGGCGGAUAUUUUACCACAAGACCCCGAGGCGAGGACCUUGGUCGUUGGAUACGCAAUUGCAGGGGUGUACUCAAUCAUUGCGUGGUCUCAAGUACUUGUCUGGCCUGCUAGUGAAGCGCCGCACUAUAAAUACGCUUGGCAGGUUUCAGUAGCAAUGUGGGUGCUUGUGGCCACAAUGGUCGUACUUUUGAGGAUCAUAGAUCUGAGAUAUCUACUACCGAAGCGUUCGAUCGCUACCACUCCUACAAUCGAUGCCGCAAAGGUGGAUGGCGAGGAGACCGUAGAUAUAGACGCAAGCGGUAAACAGGUAAAGUCGAAGACGACAGAUGUUGAAACAGUGGUCUGA